AUGCAGAGCAAUCAUUUCUUGACCCAUAGUGAAGUGAGAAAGCUCGUUUACAGCUUUGUGCUCGGUAAUGGAAUUGAAUGUCCUGCAAUGUGGCAUGAAUAUCAUACUGCUGGAGAAGAUUGGUUCACUUCGUUUAUGAAGAGGAACGACUGCCUAUCUCUAAGAAAAGCUGAAGCUACAAGUCAAGUUCGAGCUGCCGGCUUCAACUACCCAGUUGUUCACGCUUAUCAACAGAAGUUGGCUUCUAUUUUUGCCCGUCAUCAGUAUCCACCACAUCGAAUAUUUAAUAUUGAUGAAACUAGCAAUCAAACGGUGAUGGCUCCUGAAACCGUUGUAGCUAUCCGUGGUACUAAGCAGGUUCGUCAAACCACCGGUGCAGAACGAGGAACUAAUGUUUGUAUGAUAUGCUUUGGAAACGCUGCUGGGGGUUUUAUUCCUCCAGCUUAUGUCUUUCCGCUAAAGAAUGUCAACCGAAAAAGUAUGAAUAACUCAGUUCCUGGUUCAAUUGCUUUUGCAAACGGAACUGGUUGGGUUGAUGGGAACAUCAUGGUUGAUGUCAUAGAUCAUAUACAGCAUUAUGUGCAAAGCAGCCAAGAAAAUCCAGUCCUAAUCGUUUGGGAUAAUUUCUCUGCUCACUUGGAUUAUCUAGUUGUUAAGAAAGCAAAAGACUACGGCAUGGAGCUUAUUACUUUGCCUCCCCACACCUCCCAUGAGCUACAACCGUUGGAUGUGUCGGUGUUUGUAGCACUGAAAAAGUAUAUUAAGACAGCUCACAUGGAAUGGUACUGCAAUAAUCCUGGCAAGCGAAUCACCAUCCAUGAAGUAGCAGGAUUAUCAAGGGAUCCUUUCCAUAAGGCUAUGACUCCAUCUAAUUAA